AUGCCUCGAGCAGCCGUGAUAAUUCUCAUGAUCUACCUGACCGGCCACUCUGUCGCCGGCAUCGGUAUUGGACAGGCCGGCAAAGGAGAUAACAAAUCAGCCUUUUACCACUCACAGAACGUGAUACUGCCGAUUGCUGGAUUUGCUCUUAUCCGUGUAACACUAUCUACUGCUGUGAUGACGGCCACCCAGUCUGUGGUCAAACUGGUGGACAAUGCGCCUGCCUUGAUUCCUAGAAGUAUUAAUGGUCUCUACUACCAGUCCUAG